GCUACGCAGACAUCGGUAGUGUUACUUUCAGUUUAACCGGGUUUUUCUUGCGUUCUUAUAAAGUAACAAACCUUUUGGUUUGGGUUUUUUUUUCUUGUUUUACUGUGUAUGUACUUCUAGUUGCAUCAAAGGAUUUGAACUUUGUGUUAAUAUGCACAGGCAGUAUUUUAGUGCAAGAUUAAGAAGCUCCAUUAGCUUCAGUGAACUAUUUAAUUAAUUUCUGACAUAAUUCAGCAACUCAUUUAAUGUAUUUAUAAAAUCACUCUUUUACAGUCAGUGUUCAUAACUGUAAAUCUUUGUCAAACCACUCCAUAUUUGCAUGCUUUGUUUUUUCAGCCUGUAGUGGAACCUGUGAUUUUGGCUUGGUCUUUCCAGAUGAUAUUUAUAUACUGAAUUCUCUAACAGUACGUAUGUUUGGGAUGGUAAUGAAUGACAAGGCAGGGUAGCCAGAACAGAUGAGAUUGCAAAAUCAGAUACAGGAAGAGACAGAAAUGUGGAAAAUAAGGGAGUGGGAGAAGCAGACACAAGAGACUUACUGGAAAAGGCAAAGCAGAAUGCUGUCAAACAGCUCCAGCAGUCGGAUGCGCAGUGAUGGCUUUGAUGACGAGGGCCACAGGGCUGACUGGAAAACAAAGAACUCACAAUUCCUUGACCUAGUCGAAGAUGAUCUCCUUAGGGCCCGAUCCUGGAAUAAAAAGAUAUAUGACUGUGAAGCCAACAUGCCAGACAGGUGGGGUCACAGUGGCUAUAAAGAGUUGUACCCUGAAGAAUUUGAUACAGAUAGUGACCAGCAAGAAGGAGGUGAACAAAACGCUAUCAACGGGAAGAAGAAAUCUCAUCUGGGAAAGCAAACUGCCCAUGAGUCGCACAAACGGAAAAAAACAAAGAAAUCGCACAAGAAGAAGCAAAAAAAGCGGUCACACAAAAAGCGAAAGAAAAAGAAAAAGGAGCAAGGGCGAACAUCAUCAGAUUCUUCCCAGGAGAGUGAAUGCUCAGAAGAGGAGGCUUCAAGCACCCGGAAAGGGAAACACAAGCGCAAGAAAAAGACCAGGAAAGUGCCUGCCAGAGAACCUACCUCUUCUGGGCAGGAAAGUGACUUUUCUCAUGCAAGCAGCUCAACCACCAGCAGCUCUGAGGACAGUGAAUCUGAGGAGAAAAAAGAGAAACGGCCACCCAAAAAGAGAAAGAAACGUCACAAUUCUGUGUCAGAGAGGCACAGUGAAGUACCAGAGAAGAAGAGCAAAAGGAAGAACUGGAAAGUGGCCGCUGAUGAAAAAUCGGAGGAUAGCUCAGAUGAGGACUGAUGAGUCUAGGCCGCAGCUCAAACAGUAACGUAGAGGACAGAGGCGGGUUUUUGUCUUUCAGCACUGCCCCAUGAUACAACUUACUUCAACACUGUGGUUUAUAUACAUCCUGCCAGCCCACAGGGGAGAAACUGAGCCUUGGCAGCCUGCAGUAGGUGCCCCCUUGCUUUUCAUUGACUUGACAUUCAGAAAACCAGGGGAGCACUUGCCCGUCUCACAGGUUGACUAGUCCUGCCAACUUCAGAUCCUUUUUCUGUGACCAGGUUGACCUCUGAUGCAUGAUAAUGUUAUAGGCUAUCUGCAGGGGGAAAACAGGCGCAUUUGCGCCACUUCUAUUUUUUGCUAAAUUAAGUUUAACAGAUUGCUUUUUUGGUUACCAAAUCAAUGUCCAAGACUUGCAACAGGAGAAGGGAGGCACAAAAAGUCUGAUAACAGAGGAAAUGUCACUGGAAUUAACCUUACAGUAGCUUUGUCUUCCCGUCCUCCAACAAAAGCAGACCUGUGUGGUGGUAGACACAGGGUCAGCUGGACACAGAAGGGAGCAUGAGGGAAUACUCUCAUUUCAGCUGAAGGUGCAGUGACUCCUUCCGUAAUGAUGAAGAAAAGACCAGUGCAUUUGCUUGUUUUAGACUUCUCUCCAGAUCCUGGCAUGGGCUGGCCAUUGCAUCUACCUUUCCUUUGUUCUCUUUAGGGGGAUGCUGAAACCAUUUGUGCCAACAGAGAAGCCUUGAUGGGUGUUGUGUUCUGUCUCUGGUCUGCCCAAUGUAUUACUGGAGAAAUUGGUACUGGGCAGUUCUCCCUGCAGUUGAGCAGUCAAGCCUUUUGACAAAAUAAAACAAAUCCAGACAUGUUUGA